GGGCAGCGAGUAAAAAGGACGCAGAGGGGCGUGGGGAGCUUGCGGCACAGCUAGGGCAUCCCGGCGAGGAGCGCCGCCAGGCCCCGGGCCACAGCUGGGCCUGGCGGGGGGACCAUGGGCGCCUCGGUCUCCAGGGGCCGGGCCGCCCGGGUCCCCGCGCCGGAGCCGGAACCCGAAGAGGCGCUGGACCUGAGCCAACUACCCCCGGAGCUGCUUCUGGUGGUGCUGAGCCACGUCCCCCCGCGCACGCUGCUCGGGCGCUGCCGCCAAGUGUGCCGGGGCUGGCGAGCCGUGGUGGACGGCCAGGCCCUGUGGCUGCUGAUCCUGGCCCGCGACCACGGCCCCACCGGCCGCGCGCUGCUGCACCUCGCCCGCAGCUGCCAGUCUCCCGCCCGUAACGCCAGGCCUUGCCCCCUGGGCCUCUUCUGCGCGCGCAGACCCAUCGGACGCAACCUUAUUCGCAACCCCUGCGGCCAAGAAGGCCUCCGAAAGUGGAUGGUGCAGCACGGUGGGGACGGCUGGGUGGUGGAGGAAAACAGGACAGCCGUACCUGGGGCCCCUUCUCAGACGUGCUUCGUGACUUCAUUCAGCUGGUGUUGGAAGAAGCAGGUCUUGGACCUAGAGGAGGAGGGUCUGUGGCCAGAACUGCUGGAUAGUGGCAGGAUUGAGAUUUAUGUCUCUGACUGGUGGGGAGCCCGACACGACAGCGGCUGUAUGUACAGACUCCUUGUCCAACUUCUAGACGCCAACCAGACUGUUCUAGAUAAAUUCUCUGCUGUGCCUGAUCCUAUCCCGCAGUGGAACAACAAUGCCUGCCUUCACGUCACCCAUGUGUUCUCCAACAUCAAGAUGGGCGUCCGCUUUGUGUCUUUCGAACACCGGGGCCAGGACACACAGUUCUGGGCUGGCCACUAUGGAGCCCGUGUGACCAACUCCAGUGUGAUCGUGCGAGUCCGUCUGUCCUAGUCCAGGACUACCCUUCUUGCAAGACAGCCUGACUGUGCCUUCCAGGGCCUGGGACCAUUGGCUGGGACCCCUCAUUAACCAACCAAGCACUUGUACCUCCCUGGCAUACUGGGAAUUCCUGGGUCCAAUCAAAGGCCCUGACGGGCCCUGUCUUCAGGUUCUAGAAACUACCAGAAGAAGCUUCUUCCAUCUUAUCUACCUACUGCAGCUGCUGCUUUGAGGGGGCCCUACUCUACUGAGGGGAAACCCACAAGCGAGCAUGGGGGAACGCCCAUCCUGGAGAAGAAUUCUCGCCCUCCCCUCUCUUCUCCUCCCAACCAAAACCCUCCGAUCCAGCUCCAGGCCCCUCUGUACCAUCCCCUCCCCUCCGCACCAUUGACCUCGUUUCCUAUUGUUUCUGCCACAGGGACUUCCUUGGUCCCUUCAGGGAAGCCCUCAACUCGUCUCUGAACUUAGAAUCUCAUCCUUAGGGCUCAGAGAGUCCCAGCCCUAAGGGUGUGAACCUCACCUCCUGGGGCUUCCGAGCUACAGGGCUGGGACCAGGUUAUGCAGCUGAAAGUCUACGUUAAAAAAAAAGUUUGGGCCGGGCACAGUGGCUCAUGUCUGUAAUCCCAGCACUUUGGGAGGCCGAGGCAGGCGGAUCACCUGAGGUCAGGAGUUCAAGACCAGCCUGGCCAACAUGGUGAAACCCCGUCUCUACUAAAAAUCCAAAAAAUUAGCCGGGCAUGGUGGUGUGCACCUGUAAUUCCAGCUAUUUGGGAGGCUGAGGCAGGAGAAUUGCUUGAGCCCGGGAGAGGCAGAGGCUGCAGUGAACCAAGAUCAUGCCACUGCACUCCAGCCUGGGCAACACAGCAAGACUCCGUCUCAAAAAAAAAAAAAAAGUUUGGGUCAGACGGGGUGGUUCACACCUGUAAUCCCUGCACUUUGGGAGGCCAAGGUAGGAGGAUCAGUUGAGCCCCAGAGUUCAAGACCAGCCUGGGCAAUGUAGUAAGACCCCCAUCUCUACAAAAAAUACAAAAGUUAGCCAGGUGCGGUAGUGCACACCUGUAGUCCAAGCUACUUAGGAGGCUUAGGUGGGAGGAUCAUUUGUGCCCCGGUUGAGGCUAUAGUGAGCCAUGAUCAUACCACUGCACUCCAGCCUGGGUGACAGAGCGAGACCCUGUUUCAAAAGAAAAAAAAGAAUUUGGAGAUAGUUCUGCCCACUCUGAUUUCUCUGAAAAACGAGGUAAUUCCCUGAGCCCAACCCUGAUCCUCAAGGACCUGUAAUUGUGUGGUAUUUAAAAUUAAAACAACAUUAUUUUUCAUUUUGACUUUUUUUCAAACAGUAAGAAUAAUAUAUCAGCAGCAUGUAUCUGCCAAUCAUAUGUAAUAAAUUUCUUAUUUUGCCA